GCAACAUCAUAAUCUUCAAACAACACUGUAUGAUAUGAGUGGCUUGGGCUAUAAAUUGGGGCAACAGGGACGCCAAAUACUUAAUUCCAACAAUGUCACAGCUCAGGACAGUUAUGGCGCUAUACCAAAGGUUCAACAAUUUCAGCUUCCCACUGAGCUAGACUACUUGCUCUAUGACAUUGCUAAUCCUAAACCAUCAACUUCUGCUGAUAAGGUAUUCUCUUAUCUUGUACACUAUUAUCCAAGACUUAAAAGUAGUGUAAAUAUUCAGUUGUUGACGAAGCACUUUUUGAGGUGCCCCCUUUUCUUCAGUUCGUUGAAAGAUCAAACUUUAGAGAACAUCACUAAGAUAAUUGAAUGUUACCAAUACAUAAUCACAACUAAAUACAAAGUUAGCAAUCCAACAAUUUCUUUUCAUGAGUUUUAUAUUUCCAUUUACGAUUCUAUACGUGAUGUACUACUGCAUGACUCUACUGCACACUGGAAAAUACUACCCGUCUUAGCAGGUUGCAUCUCUUCCAUAUCAUCGAUGGAAUUGUAUAACCCAUGCCCGUCUCAUCAUAAUGUUAUUGCAAAAGUGAACAAGUUAGAGUUAUCUCUUUUUUCGGACUCAUUCCUCUAUGUGAUACGAUCUCCUUUACUGCCAGAAUUUAAAGAUAAUAUCCUCGUGUCAUUGAUCUACACCCAGGAACACUUAUCAAGUAGUUUUUAUGCAGGAUUGACCAAUGCAGAUCCUGAAAUUUUACCAGAAUUAAUGCGUAUUCUUUUUUUCUCUAAAUAUGGUUUAGACAAAGGCUCGUUGCUCAGUUCAAAUAUAAGCUACAAUGAUAUAAUGAGAACAAAGCCUAUUUUGAGGCAGCUAAAUAAAUGGGCUUUUCUUUUUGGAAAGAUAGCAAAAGCCUCCAAAGACCCUUUGCAAAACUUAAAAGCUAUUUCUAGGUCUCUUGAUUAUAUUGUUUCAUUUGCAAUCAAUAUAUCCAACGCUGGACUAGAAACGCUAUUUGAGGCUUCAGAUAAGUGGGAUCUUGUUAAAUAUAUUUUCUUCACGGUAGUCAUGAUAUUUGAACAUGCAACCAGAGAGAUUGUAUUGGGAACCUCAAGAAUUAAUCAAUUUGCGUUUAUGAUCUCCAAUCAAAUAUUACGCUCCUUUUUUUAUCUUUCCUAUGUUCUCGAUCAGAUUGGUACCGGUGGCUUCGAUUCUUAUAACUUUAUCUUUGAUUCUACAACUUCUUUAUUGGGGGAAUACAAUCCUGAUUUGACUGAGUCGCUUUUGUACUCCAUGCUUAAUGAAAUUCCAGUUUCAAAGCGACAAACACCUGCGAAUGAAUCCAAAUUGAACUACUUUUUCAGGACCACUGAAGCUACGCUCCAAUCAUUAAAAAAAUCAUUUAAAGAAACAACCUUAUUUCCUUUGAUGAAUUCAGUGUUCGACUCGAAUGACUCUUCUGCUCCCACGGUUGAGUUUUGCCAUUCAAUAAUGGUCAAACACUUAAAUUUGCUGUGUAUGAACCUUUCCGAAUCUGAAAAUGAAGCCCAUUUGCAGGAGGCAGUUUUUUCAUGCUUCAAUCGAGUACUUGCCCAAUUUCCCAAAAACCUUUCACUUAACCAGACUUCCUUAAUUACACAAACGUGCGGCAAAGCUGCUGCUAUUUCAUCACCUAAUGAUCCUGAAUUCUUAAAUACACUACUUGAUCUGGUUCGCUUUCAGAUAAACAUGUCAGCAUAUACACCAUUACCGCCCAGAAUCAGCUUUGUUAAUGGCGACAGAAUGACUGUUCCGGAAAAGCUUUGCACACGGCGUGCUGGACUUAUUUCAAUUUAUAUUGAUCUUCUUCAAUUUACGAGUAUUAAUUCUUUUACUAAUAUUCUAGAAGACAUCAAACAUCAAAUAGAUAAUUUAGUAGGCAGUCAGGACGUCUACUUUUUAUACGAUGUUUUGUGGGACAACAUUCUCCUGGUGAAUAAAUAUGAUUGUCAGAAGGGUCAAAUAGGUAUAGAUUGGUGGUAUCGGAGAGUGAAUAAGGAGCUAGUCCCUAAGUUGUAAUUUAGGUUUAAUUUAUCAAGUAGAAAAUUUAUAGUAAUACAGAA